AUGGGCUUCGACAAUCUGAAGCGCCCCCUCUUCAACGAGAGGAGGACCCUGAUUAACUACCCUGCAGUAGUCAUGCAAAUCGAUCAGGAUGCUCAAGCCGUCAUUUUUGAUGACGAUCCAAAGCGAUAUAUGGCUCGCAUAGGCACCAUUUCUCCCGAAGAUAGGCAAAUCCGAGUUACCAGAAGCGUCUCGACAAUCGUUCAGUUCCGCGUCUUGGACUACGGGAUGGAAUGGUGUGAUCUACAGUUGACUAUACCCUUGAAUUCGGACGACUCGGUACAAAUAUGCGAUGGCAAUAUGGCUCUGGCCAUACACCGACUCAACGCCUCAUCGCUACUGAACGGAAAGAAGCUUGGCUACAAGGCAAGGCCUGCACGCGUCAGCAAAAUCGCAGAGAUCGAAUUGAGCAAAAUGAAGGACGUCGAUUUUCGCCGCCGCGUGUCUUGCAGAAUGGGGGAAGUCUUGACCUUCGAGAUUGUGCAUUCCUCGGUGGAGAGCGAUUGCUACGUGGAAUGGUGGCAGGACCCCGACAAAUCUACUACAGCCGUAUACGUAGUCCAACACUCCACAGCGUAGAACCCUUGCGAACGACAUUUCUGCAGGUGCGGGCUCAGAGUUGAGGAGGUGAAGCAUUGAUAUUGAAUACGAAUGAGAUCAUCUAUUCCGUACGAACUACUUUUGAGACUUCAUUAUCUACGCGCG